GCUUUGUUUUUCUUCUGUAAUCAUGGCAAAACCUUAUGAAUUUAACUGGCAGAAGCCAGUUCCCUCUUUUAUGCAAGAUGGAGCUGUGUUUGAUAGAUACGAAGAGGAAUCUUUUGUCUUUGAAACCAACUGUCUCUUUCAAGUGGAUGAAUUUGGCUUUUUUCUGAGCUGGAAAAGUGAAGGAAAGGAAGGACAGGUAUUAGAGUGUUCCCUGAUCAACAGUGUUCGCUUUGGAGCUGUACCAAAGGAUCCCAAAAUACUAACGGCACUUGAGGCUGUUGGAAAAUCAGAAAAUGAGUUGGAAGGACGGAUAGUGUGUGUUUGCAGUGGCACAGAUCUGGUGAACAUCAGCUUCACUUUCAUGGUAGCGGAAAGCACAGAAGUAGCCAAGCAAUGGGUAGAAGGGCUUGGAUCCAUCAUACAUAACUUUAGAGCUAAUAAUGUCAGUCCAAUGACAUGCCUCAAGAAACACUGGAUGAAAUUGGCAUUUCUAACGAACACAAAUGGCAAAAUUCCAGUUCGGAGCAUUACCAGAACCUUUGCAUCAGGUAAAACAGAAAAAGUGAUCUUUCAGGCACUUAAGGAAUUAGGUCUUCCCAGUGGAAAGAAUGAUGAAAUUGAGCCUGCAGCAUUUACUUACGAGAAAUUUUAUGAGCUUACCCAAAAGAUAUGUCCCCGAACUGACAUAGAGGAGCUCUAUAGGAAGAUCAAUGGAGACAAAACUGAUUAUUUAACGGUAGACCAAUUAGUGAGCUUUCUAAAUGAACACCAGCGAGAUCCUCGGCUGAAUGAAAUUUUAUUUCCAUUCUAUGAUACAAAAAGAGCAAUGCGGAUAAUUGAGACAUAUGAGCCAGAUGAAGACUUGAAGAGUAAAGGUCUCAUAUCAAGUGAUGGAUUUUGCAGAUACUUGAUGUCAGAUGAAAAUGCCCCAGUUUUCCUAGAUCGUUUGGAGUUGUAUCAAGAAAUGGAUCAUCCUUUAGCUCAUUAUUUCAUCAGUUCUUCCCACAAUACGUACUUAACAGGCAGGCAAUUUGGAGGAAAGUCCUCAGUGGAGAUGUACAGACAAGUGCUUUUGGCUGGAUGCAGAUGUGUUGAGCUGGACUGUUGGGAUGGAAAAGGUGAAGACCAAGAACCGAUAAUAACACAUGGAAAAGCAAUGUGUACAGAUAUUCUUUUCAAGGAUGUAAUUCAAGCCAUUAAGGAAACAGCAUUUGUUACAUCAGAGUAUCCUGUCAUCCUUUCAUUUGAAAAUCACUGCAGCAAAUAUCAACAGUACAAGAUGUCAAAAUACUGUGAAGAUCUUUUUGGAGAUCUCCUGUUGAAACAACCUCUAGAUACACAUCCG